CGACGACAGACAAUCCCCACGGCGAUGCAAACAUGCUGGUCUCAUCCAGCCUCUACCGCUUUCCGGUCCCUGAGGCGAAUCUCAACAAUUCGAGUUUCUUCAAGAAGCAUUUGUAGAGUCGCCAAUGUAUCCACGACCCCACCUUUUGGGUGCAGAAGCAUCCAUUCGGUGACGACGAGCAUUCCAAAAAUGCCCGGCCCAAUUAGCCCUAUUCCGCAACGACAGAUUCGCAACUUUCAUGCUUUUCCCGCUAUGGCGCAGCGGGCGUAUAUCGCCUUGGGUAGCAACCUUGGCGAUCGGGUCACGGCCAUUGAAAAGGCCCUGAGGCACAUGGAGGCUGGGGGGAACAUCAAAGUCCUCAGAACGAGUAGCCUUUGGGAGACACAGGCCAUGUAUGUUCUGGACCAGAACAAGUUUAUCAAUGGAGUUUGCGAAAUUGAGACUACGCUGCCUCCCAUGCAGCUCCUGGAUGAACUUCAGGCAAUUGAGAAUAAAAUGGGAAGAGUGAAAGUGAUUGACAAGGGACCAAGGAACAUCGACCUUGAUAUUCUACUCUACGGAGACCACGUGCUAUCGAAUGAACGGCUCCAGAUCCCUCACAAGCUGAUGCUUGAAAGGGAGUUUGUCCUCCGGCCACUGUGCGAACUCAUCCCCCAAGCAACCCUCCCUCCCCAAUCCUCCCUUCCACGAACCACUCUCCAAGAGCACCUCUCCGCCCUCCCUCCUCAAGAAACUCCCAUCUCCCCUCUCACUCCCCUCGCACUCUCCCAAUCCUCUACCCCCGACAUGCCCACGCUGACCCCCUACUCCCCCUCUCGCCGCACCCUCAUCAUGUCCAUCCUCAACCUAACACCCGACUCCUUCUCCGACGGCGGCCGCCACUUCAACCUCCCUCCCUCCACCCUCAUGCAAACCAUCCACUCGCACCUCGCCUCCGGCGCCCACAUCCUCGACCUAGGCGGCCAAUCCACCCGUCCGCACGCCCCCCAAGUCUCGGCAGAAGAAGAACUCUCCCGCCUCCUCCCCGCCCUGAAGACAAUCACCUCCCUCGCCGAAACCCGCAACACGGCUAUCAGCAUCGACACGUACCGCGCCUCGGUCGCCCGCGCCGCCGUCCAAGCAGGCGCCCACAUCAUCAACGACGUCAGCGCGGGACUCCUGGAUCCCGACAUGCUCCCCACGGUCGCAGAACUGGGCUGCACCAUCUGCCUCAUGCACAUGCGUGGCAACCCGGAUACCAUGAACGACCUAACUUCCUACCCGGACGGCGUCAUCCACGGCAUCGGCCGCGAACUCCUGGAUCGUGUCCGCGAGGCUGAAAAGGCGGGGAUCAGGCGCUGGCGCAUCAUCCUUGAUCCGGGCAUCGGGUUCGCCAAGACGCAGGACCAGAAUCUCGAGGUUCUGCGCAGGUUGGAUGAUCUCAGGCGGUAUCCUGGAUUGGAGGGAUUCCCGUGGCUCAUAGGUACGAGUAGGAAGGCGUUUAUAGGGAGGAUUACCGGGGUCGAGGAGGCGCGAGAGAGGACGUGGGGGACGGCGGCGGCGGUGACGGCGGCGGUCCAAGGUGGUGCGGAUGUCGUGAGGGUGCAUGAUGUGGGGGAGAUGGCGAAGGUGGUCAGCAUGGCGGAUGCGAUUUGGAGGGUGUAAGUAAAAGUGGGGCUAGAGGGAGAUGUAGGAUGUUUUGAGUAAAAUCAUUUCAAGUUGGAAAUCCAGGCGCAUGAUGUGCAUGGGAAAGGCACUUGCGGUCGGCGUGCUCGCAGCGUCUCUUUCAACAAGAAAGCUGAGACAGAACCUCGUAAGUAAGCAUCACGAGGCAACAACCACGGAAAAAAUUCCAUCAGUAGGUCGUAUUCAAGUAUCUGCAGCACGGGUAACCUCCACAUAAAGUCCGCA